UACGUAUCCAAUCAUGCAACGUCGCUAAAUCCGUCUUAUGCUGGACACUAGACUAGUUACGUCGCUAAAUCUGGCAACUGCUUGCCUUCGGAUCGGGAUACAAUUAAGGAAGCCGAGAAGGCCACUGCACGGCUUCAAAGAUCAACUGGAAGGUUCUUGAGCACGACUCAGAUUUGCUCCGGUCACGCGUGGCGGGCCUUUGAUAAGCCACACAAGGGCCCUCGUCAACGAAGCACCCAGUGCACGCACGACGGCAACCAACAAACGCGAGAUUCACAGACUUUACGCGAACGCGAAACGAUCGAUCCUCGGUCGGUUCCUUUUGGAUCAGAUCAGCAGCGAUACAUGGCGCACGGGCAGGAGUCUUCGACGGAGGCCGCCGCUGGUGGGGGCGCGCCGCUGUGCGCGAACGGCUGCGGGUUCUACGGGAGCGAGGCGACCAAGGGCAUGUGCUCAAAGUGCUACCGCGACCACCUCAAGGCUGGAGAUGUGGCUGCCCCCGCCGUCGAGGGGAAGAUCAACGCCGACGACCUCAUCGUCGCCUUCAAGAAGUCGGUGAGCCUGCAGGACUCUGCCGCUGCAGCAGCUGCUGAUGCGGCACCGGCGGCCGAUGCGCCAGCGAAGAAGGCGGCUCCAACCAGGUGCAUGGCGUGCAAGAAGAAGGUGGGGCUGCUGGGGUUCGCGUGCCGCUGCGGUGGUACGUUCUGCUCGCUGCACCGCUACGUGGACGGGCACGCGUGCGGCUUCGACUACAAGAAGAUCGGCCGUGAGCAGAUCGCGCAGCAGAACCCUUUCGUUGCGCCGUCCAAGCUCCACAACAAGAUUUGAAGGCAGGAGGAGUUGAAAAAACAAUGUGUACAGUUUUAGUUUACUCAUUGUCUUUACUGUCCCUCCUGUACUUAAAUUAGAUCUUUCAAGCACUAGCUCGAUAUAAGUUGAAGAAGGUUACUCUUAUCUUUCUUGUUCAUAGCGACAUAUUCGUGUUAAUGUAACUUGAUAACUUGUAGCAUAAAGAGAUGUACUGUGCUAACGACCUGGUCGUUACCGGCAGAUCCGGACGACUUCUCUCCAUGUAGGAAUCGAUCCACGCCAUCUUUUUUUUUUCUUCUGGCGCAAUAAAAACAAUUGAGU